UCAAAUGAUGUUAGCUAUCACAACAUUACUAAUGUGUAUAGUAAAGUGUGUUUCAAAUAUUACCGGUUAUAUAUAUUAUAAUAUGUAGCCAGGUAUAUCAUUCUAUAAAAUCUUCUAAAUGAAGUAUUCAGGUUAACCACAGUUAAGAAGUUAACCUUACAUACAGUGUGGAUUGACGAUCUGUUGAAAAAUUGUAUAAUUCGCGUCCGGGUUCAUGUAACGGAAUUUAAACUUGAAUUGUUUUUGUAACAAUGACAUUUUUAAUGGUUUUACAUAAUAAGUUGACAGACGACACCUCUAACAGUUAAACAGAUACUUUUACGAUACUGGUACAUGUUUGCGUUUGGUUGAGAAAUGAUCAAAAUGGUUUGGAAUCCACCCAACACACUCAUUUCUUCUAAAAUGCCUGCUCUACUGCAGAAUCGGGGAAUAGUUUUCGGUUAUCGUCAAAUAAAUCAGCCGUGGAGUUAUUAUGCGAGAAGCAUCUGUCAAUUUCACAACGAAACCUUUAAUAUAUGGACGCAUUUGAUAGCCAUAGUCAUACAUUUAAGUAUGAUUUAUCAGUAUGCCGACGAAUGCGACUUUUAUCGUGACAAACACUCAUGGACAUUAUUAAUUUUUAGUGUUUGUUGUAUAUAUUCGACAACAAUAAGUGUAAUAGCACACAUUUUUCAUAGCAAAAAUAUUGAUGCACAUUACAGCUUAUUUCUGUUUGAUUACACAGGCGCGUAUCUGUACGCGUAUGCUUCCGGUUUGAUAGCCAUUUACUAUUUUUCAGAUCAAUACACCUAUGACGUGAUCGUUAAUGAGUACUUGGUCGCCCAUUUGAUAUUCUCUUUUGGGGGCGUUAUUCUCAUGUGUAUAAUGAAAACAAGCUUUGGACAUAAAGACCACCAGAGGACCAGGAAAGGCCUACUUAGCUUGUUUUUUUCAUUGCACGCAAUUCUUAUGUCUGCAACAGUAGCACGAAAAUAUUGGCUUUCACUUAAUGGCAACAACGAAUAUUUAGCUUCCAUUACAAACUAUAAUUGGAUUUAUUUAUAUUUUAUACUUGGCGGAUUAUCGUACAGUUGCCACUCGCCAGAAGUGUUUUUUCCGGGCAUGUUUGACAUAAUUGGACAAAGCCACCAAAUAUUUCAUAUAUUUGCAACACUGACUCAGAUAUUACAGAUUCGGGCAGUGCGCUUUGAAAUUUCUAAAGGGAACGCUCCAUAUGGACAUCCAUCCUUGCCAUCAUUCUUUAUAUUAUCAACAAUUUCUUUGGGAAUUAUCACUUUUAUAUGUGUAUUUAUCAUUAGAAAAUAUUUUCCAGUACAAACUUCAAAAAAAGAAAAAUAAACACAAUUGAGCUGUUUUCUCAGCCAGUCUCCAAAUCGGAGCAUGAAUUUUUUUUUACUGUCUCAAAUCAGAAAUAUCAGAGGUCUGUUUUUAUUCUUUGAUUAUAUAGGACAUUUGUUGACUUUAUAUCUGUUACAGAAAAAAAUUAACUUUUACUGAAAUAUGGCCUUGAAAUAAAAUUUUAAUAUAAAUU